AUGAAGAAAGAACCGACUCAUAAUCUCUACCUUCUUCCAUGUCUCUUGAUUCUUCUUUCGUCACUCCGUCUAACCACCGGAGACGCAAGAGCUAGAGCCGUUCAAGUCACAUGCUCACCACUCCUCGAGCACAACGAAACCGCUUACGUCCCUAACUUCGUAGCCACGAUGGAGAAAAUCAGCCAACAAGUGCAAACCGCUGGUUUCGGAGUUGCUCUCACCGGUUCAGGACCAGAUGCUAACUACGGUCUAGCGCAGUGUUACGGCGAUCUCUCUUUAAACGACUGUGUUCUCUGUUACGCGGAAGCACGAACGAUGCUUCCGCAGUGUUAUCCUCAGAACGGAGGUCGAAUCUUCCUCGAUGGAUGUUUCAUGAGAGCUGAGAAUUAUAGUUUCUACAAUGAAUUCAAAGGACCUGAAGAUACCGUCGUGUGUGGGAACACUACGAGGAGAAAGGAAGGGACUUUCGGGGAUACGGUGAGACGAGUGGUGAGAAAUGCUGUUGGUGAGGCUCCUAGGAACGGAGGGUACGCUCGUGCGGCUGGUGAGUCUGCGUUUGUGUUGGCGAAUUGUUGGAGAAACUUGAGUCCUGAGUCUUGUAAAGAGUGUUUGGAGAAUGCUUCUGCUUCUGUGGUUAAACAUUGCUUGCCUUGGUCAGAAGGACGUGCGCUUCACACGGGGUGUUUUCUUAGGUACUCUGAUGAAGAUUUCUUGAACAAGAUACCAAGAAACGGAAGAUCCAGAGGCUCUGUGGUAGUGAUUGUUGUCUCAGUACUUAGUUCUGUGGUUGUCUUUAUGGUUGGAAUAGCGAUUGGUGUUUAUAUCUGCAAAAACCGAAGAAUACAGAAGAAGAGAAGAGGAUCAAAUGAUGUUGAGAAAAUGGCGAAAACUUUGAACGACAGUAGCUUGAACUUCAAAUACUCAACACUAGAGAAAGCAACAGGUUCGUUUGACAAUGCGAACAAACUCGGACAAGGCGGAUUUGGAACUGUCUAUAAGGGGGUUCUUGCAGACGGAAGAGAUAUCGCUGUGAAACGUUUAUUCUUCAAUAACAGACACAGAGCAACAGAUUUCUACAAUGAAGUCAAUAUUAUCAGUACUGUUGAACACAAGAACCUUGUCAGGCUGCUUGGUUGUAGCUGUUCAGGACCAGAGAGCCUCCUUGUCUAUGAAUACCUUCAGAACAAGAGCCUUGACCGAUUCAUCUUCGAUGUGAACAGAGGCAAAACAUUAGACUGGCAGAGAAGAUUCUUGAUCAUCGUUGGAACCGCUGAAGGAUUGGUGUAUCUGCACGAGCAGUCGACUGUGAAAAUUAUUCACAGAGACAUAAAAGCAAGCAAUAUUCUGUUGGAUUCAAAGCUUCAAGCUAAAAUCGCCGACUUUGGACUAGCCAGAUCAUUCCAGGAGGAUAAGAGCCAUAUCAGCACCGCCAUUGCAGGGACUCUCGGUUAUAUGGCUCCGGAGUAUUUGGCACACGGUCAGCUAACAGAGAAGGUAGAUGUCUACAGCUUUGGAGUUCUUGUGCUAGAGAUUGUAACUGGAAUGCAGAACACCAAAAGCAAAAUGUCAGAUUACUCAGACAGUUUGAUUACAGAAGCAUGGAAGCAUUUUCAGUCAGGAGAGUUGGAGGAAAUAUUUGAUCCAAACAUGAAUUGGAAGAAUGAAAAUGACAGUAUAAUCAUCAAAAAGGAGAUAGUGAGGGUUGUUCAAAUAGGGCUAUUGUGCACUCAAGAAAUCGCGGCGCUAAGACCGCCGAUGUCAAAGGUGUUGCAUAUGCUAAGGAACAAAGACGAAAUCCUGCCAUUGCCAGGUAAUCCUCCCUUUAUGGAUGAAAGAGUCAUGGAAUUUAGGGAUGGUUCUGAUGGCGACUCAGCUGCUUGUGCAUCACUUGCCACUGUCUCGCAAAGUUCUUUCUACGGAAGAUGA